AUGGAUCAGAUCAGUGAUACCGGGUCCAGCUACCCAUUGACGCUGCCUAACGCAGAUAUCUUCGCAGAAUCUAUGAUAAAACUCGGCAUUCACAUGGAAGACAUACUCGUUGUUUACGAUACGUAUGAGACAGGUCUCUAUUUUUCUCCACGAGUUGCAUGGACUUGCCUUCAUUUCCGCCACCAGAGGAUUCAUGUGUUGAACAAUUUUCCGGGUUAUGUGGACGCGGGAUUUCCAAUUUCUACUGGGAAAUUUUCCAUUAAUUCUGAAUCUGUCCCUCAGGUCAAGUAUCCUCAGCCACUCCCUGAUCCACGGAAAGUCAUCUCGUUCACCGAACUACGUGACCUUCUCACAGCCAAGGAGAAAUAUCAGAUUAUAGAUGUCCGGAUCCCUGAUAAAUUUUCUCAGGAUGGACAUAUGCCAACCGCAUUGAACAUUCCAUUGGCUUCCAUUUUGAGCUCGGAUAAGCUUCUCCUGCCAGCGACGGAGCUAAAGACCAUGUUCACCAAUGCCGGCGUGCAGGAAAAUCUGCCGGCUGUGUUGACAUGUAACUCCGGUGUUACUGCUGCAGCACUCGACUUAGCGUUAGGCGUGAGUGGCUUCCGAAUGGAAAGGAGGCUAUAUGAUGGAAGCUGGAUGGAAUGGCAAGACAGAGUGGAUGCGGAUGGCCUCAUUGUUAUUGACUGA